AUGGCGCCGCACGAUCUCCGCCGUCCGUUCAAACGACCUUUGAUCUCCGAUCAAGAGAGGCGCAGACAACAGUCUCUACUUCGCCAGGCACAGAAUCGCCUCGACGCUCAGCGUCAGGCUCGCUUCUUAGCCUCCACCGCAUUCUCUCUCUCAUCCCAGACCCCCGAACCCGAACCCGAACCCGUGAGCGAACCGGAGCCAUAUCAGAAAGAGGAACUCGACGUGUUGGAGGCAUCGAAGCUGAAAGGUGCAGAAGCUCGGAAAUGGUUCGCGAAACAACUCAUGCUUCCUGAAUGGAUGAUCGAUAUCCCUGAAAAUCUCGCAAAUAAUUGGUUUGUUUUUGCAAGGCCGUCUGGUAAACGGUGUUUUGUGGUUUCCAGUAACGGAACAACUAUAAGCCGUUUGAGAAACGGUUCAAUACUUCACCGUUUUCCUUCUAAAUUGCCCAACGGGGCGAGGACAAAAGAAGUUUCAUCUGCAUCUAAUUCUUACUCUAUACUUGACUGCAUUUUCCACGAGCAAGAUCAAACUUACUACGUUAUUGAUAUGGUUUGUUGGCGUGGCUACUCCCUUUAUGAUUGUACUUCUGAGUUCAGGUUCUUUUGGGUGAACUCCAAGCUUGCUGAGACUGGGGCUUGUGACUCUCCUUCGUAUUAUCAUAAGUAUAAGUUCAGUUUAGUUCCGGUGUAUGGUUGUGAUCAGAGUGGUUUGUGUUCAGCUUACUCCGCGCCCGUGCCUUAUGUCAAAGACGGUCUUCUAUUCUAUAACAAGCAUGCACAUUACCAGGCUGGGAAUACACCAUUAGCAUUAGUUUGGAAGGAUGAGAACUGCAGUCAAUAUGUUAUGGACACUGACAGUCAAGGACAGGUUCCUAACCAACAACAGAUGGUUUUGGAGCUUCAAGAAGAUGGAAAACUGACUACUUGUGAUGAUCCUCAUGUGGUGUUUGGCUGUUUGGACGGAAGUUUCAUCCAGCAGUCAGAUUUGCAUUCUGGGUAUCUUCUACGGUUUGCGAUUGGAGAAGGGGGAUUGAUUUUGGUGGAUGGGAAACUUGAGAAGGCUGAUCUAAAGUAUCUUGGCAAGGCCAAUCGAGCCCGUGCCUCUGCUGAUAGUUUCUCUAAGGUUAUGUUCCAAUAUAGUGUUCGACAUUCCCCCCUCAGAAUUGAUGAUCUGUUGGGAUCUGUCAGCUCGCCAGUAGAUCACGAAAGUAAAGCAUGCGACAUCGAGAUGGAUGGUUGA